AUGUCAUGGUACUUCGAAAGGUUUGACUUUUCCUUGAAAAGUCUUUCAUUGGAGCACUAUGGUACCUACGACAACGUUGCCCCAAGAAACCACUCCAAGACUUACUCUGUCCCACAACGUCCUUACGAAAUUGCUCGUUUGGACUCCGAGCUCAAGCUUGCCGGUGAAUACGGUUUGAAGAACAAGCACGAAAUCUACCGUAUUGGUUUCCAGCUGUCCAAGAUCAGAAGAGCUGCCAGAGACUUGUUGACCAGAGACGAGAAGGACCCAAAGCGUCUGUUCGAAGGUAAUGCUUUGAUCCGUCGUCUGGUCAGAGUUGGUGUCUUGUCUGAGGACAAGAUGAAGCUCGAUUACGUCUUGGCUUUGAAGAUUGAGGACUUCUUGGAGAGAAGAUUGCAGACCCAAGUUUUCAAGUUGGGAUUGGCCAAGUCUGUCCACCACGCCAGAGUCUUGAUCCAGCAGAGACACAUUGCCGUUGGUAAGCAAAUUGUCAACAUCCCAUCUUUCAUGGUUAGAUUGGACUCCCAGAAGCACAUCGACUACUCCGUCACCUCUCCAUUGGGCGGUGGAAGACCAGGUCGUGUUAAGAGAAGAAGCCAGAACAAGGACUCUGGUGAGGAUGCUGAGGCUGAGGAGGAUGACGAGUAA